AACGAUCAAUAAGCGGUCAGUGAGAAAAAAAUGCUCGAGCCAUUUUGUUUCUUCAGCGUGUCUAAUUAUAUUUUCAAUUUCUAAUUAUUCUUAAGCAAUAUGAAAAGAGAAAAUUAGUCCAUCGUACAUACAUCACAUCUCUGAUAUAUAUAUAUAUAUAUAUACUAAUGGCGUUUUCGAUUUGCUGACCCGGGCAGCGUUCCGAUAAUCUUUGCAGUAUCGCAAUCUAUACUUUGUAAUACUGUGGCGAUUACCGGAAUGCUGUCAGAUUCUGCUCGGAUCAACAAAUCCGGCGUAAGACUUAAUAUCGCUCUCAAGGUAAAAACGUCAAUUUUUUCUUCAAAGAAAAGUAAUCAAGCGAGACACGGGUUGUAACGCGGAUAUUAUACUUGCUCGCUCUGCGUCACGAGUAAUCAAUUGGAAUAGCUGGCGACACGCUGCACAUGCAUAUUGCAUGUCGCGCAAAUGUCAGGGACACACGGGCGUCCGCGGUUCGUUCAUUCGAAUUUCCUUCCACAUUCCUUGCUUCCCCUCUCAAAACAAACAAAAACGAAUCUAUACUUAACCAUAAAGUAGAAAAUUAACGGCGCUGUCAAAUACGAACAAACUUUUUCUAUUAUGACGGUGGUUAUAAAUUGCUUGUCGCUAACCGAAUAUGGUAACAGAUAAUCGAUUUGGCUGUCUUCAUAUUCGUGCCCAAUAUAUUUCACCGUGUAUAUCGCCAAUGAAUCGUGCUAGCAGAGGGUAUGAUGUCCUCCUAAAGGCGGACAUUUUAACAUGUUGCUGUAAUGCAACACACAAUAUUGCGAAUGAUUCCUGCAUGCAGUCCGUGCAUGGGAAAUAAUUUGUAUUUUAUAUAAUUGUAAAAAGAUUGCGGAAGAGAAGAAUGUGAAAGAACGAAACAGAGAGUCGAAUCCUCCCUGAUUUUUGCAUAAACCGCACACGUUUAUAAUCAAUUCGACGCUCGUUACCACACCGGUAUUGAUCAAAGCGUCGCCUCGACAGUGCGUCCGUAGUGAUCGCGCGGUAGUUAUGUGCGGAGGAAUCGUCGCACGAGCGUCGCGCACACGAAAAUCGCUGGGCUUUUUACUGCUGCUCUUUUCGAUCGCGCACUUACCGCGACACGCCGAUGCGAAAAUACUUCGCGGUGACCUGGUGACGAGCGAAAAUUGGGCAUUCGUCGCGAGGUUCUGCUUCCUGACGGAACGUGGUACGUUCCGGUACCACUUUCAAUUGGGGGGCGAGGAGCGUGAUCUGAAUCUCCUGCUGUAUUACGACGCGGCUCACCAGUGGCCCAGCAUCUAUCCGUCCAACAAGACAUGCUGGGAGAAGGAGAGUAUCCUCGACAUCGACCACGGCCAGAUAAUACCGCUGAACACAUCGACGCGGUUGUCCGGUUGCGUCCAGGGUGACGAUGGUGUCGUGCGAUGCGACAGCCGGAGGAGAUUCAUAUCGGCCCGGCCGAGAUGGUGGUACGUCGCCCUGGCAGACUGCUCCUCCAAGAACGGCUUAAACGUCACGUACUGGAUGUCGUUGACCAACGCACCACCCGGCACAUUCUGGAGGGAGCACUUCUCCGCGGACGAAUUCUACAUACUGCCGGUGCUGAUUACGACCGCUUGCAUCUAUGUGAUACUGGUGACGCUCAGUCUCCAUAUAGCGCUGCAGCUGCGCUCCAGGAGGCUGCUGCAUAUAUCCUACAAACUGUUUGUGGCCUCCCUGCUCUGUCAAUUGCUAGGCGUGUUGUGCGAGAUCUACAGUUACGUUAAUCUCGGCCUGAGAGGAAUACCGGCAAUCAACGCGUAUCUGCUGGGCCAGCUCUCCGAGGCGUGCUCCGAGACCCUCUACACGGUGCUGAUGCUGUUGCUCGCGCUCGGCUACACCGUCACCAAGAGCGUCCUGACCACGUCGCAAGUACGAUGGCUCGUUACGUUUGUCGGCACCACCGCAUUCCUGCAAAUGUUGCUGUACAUCUACGAGUUCGCGAUAUUUGACCCGGGAGUGGUGCUGUACAUUUACGAAUCGCCGCCGGGCUACGGACUGAUAGCGCUCAAGUUGAUCGCCUGGUUCGUGUUUAUCACUCGCUGCUGCAAGACCAUCAGGAAGUUAAACAGCAAGCUCCAUUUCUACGCUUCGCUUCUCUCCUUGGGCUCGGCGUGGUUCCUCUGCCAUCCGUUAACGGUGCUGACCGUCACGAUAUUCGUGGACAAAUGGGUGAGGGAAAGCGUCGCCAAAGGCAGCUCCCUUUGGAUUGUCUUCUUGGGUCACGUAACCUUUUUAUAUGUAACACGACCGUCCGUGAACAACAAACGUUUUCCAUUCCACAUUAGAACAUGUCAAGUUGUGCCCAUAGGCGGUCAAGGGCAAGAUCACGGCUAUGAACCUGGUCCUCGAACUGCAGUUACAGCAUUUACUAUCGCACGAACGCCAGCUUAUCUUAGCAGUAAUUAAUCACACUGAAAGUAGAUAGUGAAAAGGGAGAGGAUAAUAUGUAGGUAGAUGUGUGCAACCACUGGAAUGCACUGACAACUCUGUGGCUUAAAAAGCAAACAUCAAAAUAUUUUUCUACUACGGCCCGCAGCGAUUACGCAAAUCUUUACGCGAGAUUGUUCUCUUACUUCUCACUAAAGUCUUUAUAGUAAAGUA